GAGGAGGGGCCCCUUGUUGAAGACGCGGGGGCGGAGGCGGCGGCGGAGGGGGGCGCGGGGGCUGGGGCGGCGGCCGGCGAGGCGGCGGGGGCCGCAGGCGGCGCGGAGCGACGCAGCCAGCGGUACACCGCUGACAAGUACGGCCCGAUGGUGUACACAUUGAGCGUCGUGAUGCUGCAGGCCGCGCCAGACAGGGAGGGCGCCCGGAGGGAGGGGUCAGGGGCCGGCGCUGAGCGGCAGCAGAGGCGGCGGCGGCAGCAGGUGCCGGCCUCGGAGGCGGCGGCAGAGGCGGCCGGGGGAGACGCGGCGUUUGCGGAGGCGGCAGAGGCCGCUGCGGCUGCGGGGCCGCCGGCCGACACGGGGUUCUAG